UAUGUACAACUAUAUGUGUGUAAGCAGGGACAAGAGUGUUAGUUUGGGUUUUGGUUAGUACUAUGAUUAUUUUGGCAUACUGCAUUGGUAUCCACAUGCCCGCGGGAUAUGACUAAUCCAUCACAUCUUUUCUCUGGAAUUUUUUUGGGGGUUAUGUUUUAAUUCUAUCUGCAUUUGUUCAAAUAAUUUUGCUUCAGGCUUUAGUUUUUCGCCAUAUCAAUUCUGAAUGCAGAUUUCAAAUGAAGAAGCUAAGUUGAUGGAAAUUUCAAAACUUCAAAAAACAGUGGAAUCUUUGAGCCUUGAACUAGAUGCUGCCAAACUUUCUACAGUAAAUGAGAUCAACAAAAAUGCGGUGCUUCAGAGGCAGCUUGAGUUAUCAAUGAAGGAGAGAACUGCUUUAGAAAAAGAAGAAGCUGCAAUUACAGAACUGAGAAAUGAAAAUGCACUCUUGAAGGAUAUUAGGAUUUUCUUCACUGCUGGUUGGUACGUAGUCCGGAUCUUUUGUUUUGUCAUCAAAAGAGAUAUUAAGAUUUGACUUUGGCUUCUUUCCAUCCUCGGGAGGUGCCAUCCUGUUUCAGUGGCAACAGUGGCAAGAAUAGUCUUCAGUUAGAUGUAUGUUGAAGAAAUAUCAAGAUUAUGAUAAAUUUAUAAAGCUAUUCUGGAAAUUGGCCAAUACUGUGAAUAGUCUUCAGUUAGAUGAUAAAUUUAUAAAGUUAUUCUUGAAAUUGGCUAAUACUGUAAAUUGCAUACCCUGGUUUUGACUUUGGCUAAGAAUAGUCUUCAGUUAGAUGUAUAGGACUGUGGAACUCUAUAUAGACAUGUAUAAUUACUUGGUAUAGUUCAAGAAAUAUCAAAGAUUAAAUUCUUUUUGUGGA